GUCUGCUAUGCGUUGUGAUACCCUGUUUAUGUGUUCAGCGUUGCGCGCACUAAACGCGCGUGCUUCUUGCAUGUUGUAGGUACAUAUGACAACGACACUGGACACGCGUUUCUUGAAAAGGGCAGGAGACACAUUGGAGGUGGAAGUGGUGUGAAAGAGGAGGGACUUGAUACUGCAGUUUGUGCUUCACUGUGGAAACCGAAGGGCGAACGCGCUCGGCUCUGCCGGACGAACCGCUGAGCCUCGGAACUGGCGCGCGUAUCCAGUUUGCGCUGACAUUACCGUCACACGUUAAACUCCCGCAACUGUACUCACCGCCGACAGCGGACGUUCAGUAAACCCGGUGAAGCCUAGAAGUUGUCCAUUUCUUUCCAAGCGCCACUCUUCUAUGCGAGGAUGUGAAUUUCCACAGGAGGUUUUGACCCACGCGCUCCUCACAGAAAUGGGUCGUUGCGCAUCUACGGGUACAUGAGUUCCACCGGCCAGAUGCCUGAGAUGGAAGAAGUAGAUACCAAUGAGAGCAACGGGUUGGCGAAGAGGAUUGCUCUCAUCAGCUUCUUGUCACUGGUCAUGCUCAUGAGCGUCCUGGGCAACCUGCUGGUUAUGGUGGCCGUCUGCAAGGACCGGCAGCUCAGGAAAAUCAAAACCAACUACUUCAUCGUCUCGCUGGCGUUUGCUGACCUGCUGGUGUCAGUGCUGGUGAUGCCGUUUGGUGCCAUAGAAUUAAUCCAUCAGAACUGGAUCUACGGUGAGACCUUCUGCCUGGUCCGCACCUCUCUGGACGUGCUGCUGACCACUGCCUCCAUCUUACACCUGUGCUGCAUAUCCCUCGACAGGUACUAUGCCAUCUGUUGCCAGCCGCUGGUCUACAGCAAUAAGAUGACACCGCUGAGAGUGGCUCUAAUGAUCGGAGGGUGCUGGAUAAUCCCAACCGUUAUUUCUUUCCUACCCAUAAUGCAAGGCUGGAAUAGUAUUGGAAUAGAUGAUUUGAUAGAGAAGCGGAAGUUCUCUGGCAACUCCACAGUGUGUGUGUUUAUGGUGAACAAGCCAUAUGCGCUGACCUGCUCAGUCGUGGCCUUCUACGUACCGCUGAUCCUGAUGGUGCUGGCGUACCAGCGCAUCUACGUCACAGCGCGGGAACACGCCCGACAGAUCAGCAUGCUGCAGCGGGCCGGAGGAGCGGGGAACGCGGACAGUGCAGACCACCAACGCAACCACCGCAUGCGCACCGAGACCAAGGCAGCCAAGACUCUGUGCAUCAUUAUGGGCUGCUUCUGCCUGUGCUGGGCCCCUUUCUUCAUCACGAAUGUGGUGGACCCCUUCAUAGACUACAGUGUUCCUGAGCAGCUGUGGGCAGCCUGCCUCUGGCUGGGCUACAUCAACUCCAUGCUCAACCCCAUCCUUUACGCCUUCCUCAACAAGUCCUUUCGCCGUGCCUUCCUCAUCAUCCUCUGCUGCGGACACAAGCGCUACCGCCGACCUUCCAUCCUGGGCCCUGGACCGACCUGCACGGCCACGCAGAUCAACGGCUCGACACACGUCCUGAACGGCUGCUCCUCUGCCUCCAAACUGCUCCUCUGGUUCUGCAACACUAGGCCUGUUCCUGUCUAGUGCUGUGUGGGGAGUUUUCAAGUAUUCAGCUCUUCACAAUGGAAAGCACACUGAACAGGAGAAACUCUCAAUACAGAACGACACAGAGUCCCAGGAGUCAUGUUUCUGACACAGGCCACCCUCUAAUGAGGAGCAUGACUGGAAGGUGAUAUUUCUCACCGCCCUGCCUGCAGCUCAGACCCGACCAGAGCCGUUCACGAGUCGAGGACAGGGAGCUGGACUGAACUGUUUGCUCAAAGAGCUGCUGAACAAUGAGGGAAAGGGCAAUGUUGCCAAAGGUAUCUGGUCUGUAUUUUAGGAUACAAAUUUCCACUGCAAAGGAAUGUUGGUAAGGGUUAUCCCAAUGUGUUUGUUUCCUUUUUGGUUCUCCUGGGAAUACGACUUCCAAACCAAAAACACAUCUUUCAAGCUUUAUCCAGAGCGGCUUCUAUUAGCUCUACAGUCAGGAUAACACUUCCUGAAAGGUACGGCACGAAUGCUGAAUAGCUAAGAUGACACUCUAUUAAAAGAAAGAUUUAUUUUUUUGUUCUAUAAAUGAAAAAGUAAAUUCACAAAUUCACACCACAGUAUUAAGAGGUAGAGCUGGGAGCAUUGCUGAGCGAUUUCUCCAAUUUUUUUAUAUAUAUAUCUUUUUUUUUAUUGUUUCAAUGAAUUCUCAAAUCAAUAGAUAUAAUAUAGCACUGUCACAUGAAUUUAAUAUGUAAAGUGUUAAAGACAACAGGCCUUUUCUUGUUUCCAAGACAAUUCCAGCAUCUAUGUGCACAUUUUUUAAAUUCAACACAAGUAAUUUUACAGAACAUUUCUAUUAAUACAGCCUAUUUCAAAAAUGUAUGGAAGCCUGUUUCCGCCACUGGAUUAAAAAAAAAAAGUAAUUGUGAAUUUUAAUCUCACAAUACUGACUUUUUUUUCUCAGAACUGUGUGAUAGAAACUCGCUAUUGCAAGAAAAAAACUGAGAAUUGCUAAAUUUAAACUCGCAACUUUAUAUUUCGCAAUUCUGACUUUAUAACACACAAAUGCAAGUUAUUAAGUCAGUAUUGUGAUAUAUAAACUUGCAAUUGAAAGAAAAUAUCAGUGAUUUUGCCACUCAGAAUUGGACUUUGUAACUCACAAUUGUGAAUUUACGUCUCACAAUUCUCAGAAAAGAAGUCAGAAUUGCGAGAAAAAAGUCAGAAUUGCGAGAUACAAACUUGCAAUUUAUCUACUCGCAGUUUGUAUCACGGAAUUCUCAGAAAAAAGUCAGAAUUGCGAGUUCAUAUCUCACAUUUCUAACAUUAUUCCUCAGAAUUUUAUAACACACAGUUGCAACAUUAUAUCCAGUAAUUCUGAUGUUAUAACUCACAAUUGCAAGUUUAUAUAUCACAGUUCUUCGAAAAAAAAGUCAGAAUUUAAGAUAAAAAGUCAAAAAAAAAUUCUUAUUAAGUGGCAGAAAAAGACUUCCAUAAAUAUAUGCCCCAAAAUUGUUUAAAAUGAUUUAAUACAAACAUAGCUUUUUAAACUUUUUUAGAUUCAAAUGAUUCAUCCUUAUGCAAAGGAUUCUGACAGGAAAUUAACUUUUGUUUUCUUCUACCCAUGAAAUCUGGCUAAACGAAAUCAUAAUGUGUCCAUUAUCUUAUUAUGAACUGAAAUCUCAUUUAUGUUCUAUAAGACUUCUGAAGCUCUUUGGGGAAUGAGAUGUACUGCUCACAGGCUAGUUGAUGUAAUUUGGCUCCUCUCUGAAUAUGACAGAUGUCUCAGACUCACGGGUGACUGUUCUCAGUCAGGUCAGAUCUGCGCUUCACAUGCAUCACUAAACGCAGCCAUUUCCACAAUAGUUUCCAGUGCGAGGAUCUCCUCUGACGUGAUGCCUGCUGACUGAGAACGUGUCAGGCCACUCUAAACAAAAGCUUUGCUGACAGCAACCAGGGCCAGUUCUCCAAGAUGCUGUGUCUUAAAAUGUUUUAGCUUUAGUAAAGAUGACCAUCGCUUACCGCAAGACUGAAAUGUUUGAAAAGACAUGACCUGAAGUUGUUCUUGCAAAAGUUCUUAAAGGGGUAGUUCAUCCAAUGAUGACAAUUUACUUUUGUUAUUUAUUCACCCUCAUGUUAUUUCAAACUGUAUUUCUUGUGUUAUAUUCAAAAUCCUUUAAGUGAAUAGCAACUUAAGGUACGAUCUCAUUUAUUGUUGUGCAGUAAAUUUUUGCAGGCGAAAUCCAGUCAUUUAAAUAGGAAUCCACACAGUUGAGAAUUUCACAUAAAGAUAAAAGAUUUUCCACACAGAUUUUGCAUCGGGUUUAAAGUUGGUCAAACAAAUUUGCCACAUUGACCAAUAGAAAUCUGCUUGGUUUGAAAGUGACUUCUAUAUGAGCUGUGCUUCAAACAUUUCUACACUGUUGAAAAUAGACAGCUUUUUACCGGCAAAAUUUUACCUGAAUUUCUGGAUUGGAAAUAUUUUAAUAUGAGGAAAUACAGCAUUUUUUUUAUUGCUUACUUAUGAAGUUUGACAUGCUGAAUACAAAAAUCACAUUAUUUUUUAUGUAUAAUUAACAUUGCUCAUGAAAACUAAAAGAAAAAAUGUUGACAUCUUAUUCAAGCUAAUCUGCUAUUACUCGAGUAUAAAAAUGACAUGGUACAUGAAUAAUAACAGUUUAACAUAAACAUUUAGAUUUUUUGUCUUUUAUAACUAGUCCCAUAAUGUUUUGGAAUGUUCCUGAAAGAUUAGAAUAUCACAGAAAGUUACAGAAUGUUACAGAAACUUCCUUGCAAAAGCAAAAUACCUUUAAAAAAAAAACCUUCCAAAAUAACUACAAAAACUUAUCUGUACCAAACCAAUGCUUCAUAAUUAAUGAGUUCUAAAAUUAGCCUAACCUAAAUAUUUACCAAAAUAUUGAUGCUACAUGAAAAUAAAUAGUACAAUAAUAAUUAGCACCACAGAAUUACAGGAGAACCAAUUUUUUUUUUUUUUUUUUUUUUUAAUUAAUUAAGUGAAUCAAAUUUUUGUUACAUUGCGAUAUUCUCCUUUCAUUUUUUAUGGAAGAAAUGAAGUCCAGUUUUGGAGUGACAUGAGGUUGAGUAAAUAAAGACAGAAUUUGUAUUUUUUGGUGAAUUAUCCCUUUAAGAAUAUGUCACGUGAAUGAUUACAAGGAGAGGAAAUACAGCUGCUGCAGAAUUUUGUCUUGAGAAAACAAAUCUCAUGGAAAAACCAUGCAGAUGAAUUUUUGUUCCUUGACAUUUCUAACUAAAACCUCCCAAAGCAGUGAUGUGGCAUACUAAAGCUCGCUUCCAGACCCGAGGACCCCAAUAAACACGCUCCUCAGAGAGCCUGGAUAUAGCAGAACUGACCCAGAACAAUCUCCAUCCCUCAUUCCAGCACUUACCAGUCUGCUGAAGCGUGCCUCUGCCUAAAAUGAAUUACCUUCGGGGAACAGCAAUUGUUUGAAUUGAUCUUUGAGAUGUAAAUAUUUUUAAACAACUAUGUUUUAUGUGUCAGCCAUCAGAAAAACAGAUUUGGUCUUAAUUGCUAUUUUGCAGGGAUGUACUGACGGCGACACACGUACAACACUAAAAAUGAAACAUGUACAGCUCAGCACUGUCCUCGUGCAUUCGUUUCCUGAUAUUAAAAUGUAAACCUCUCCUGCAAAUAAAGCACUUGUUGCACUUUUACAAUACGAAGAUUAUUGCAUCCACAAGUCGUUCAGUAUUCUGGUCACGAACAUGUUAUCGCAGACCAAACCAAUAUCAUAUGAGGAAUAUGAAAGUUGACGAAUGAAUUUGACUCUCGUGAUCAGUUUUGAUAAGUGUAAUCAUUCCACCGUGGUGACAUGAUGAAGGAACAAAUAAGACACUAAGAUUUGAUCAACCAAUGGCUUUAUUUGUUCCAAUGCGAUCAGAGCUAGCUACAUUACCUAGCUCCAUGCCCACUUCAGCUUCUUUUCACAUCUUCUCAUGUUUUAUCAACCGAUAUUUAAUUUCUAAAGGUAGAGCUUAGUUUGAUUUUAUUGUACAUAGGAAUAUAUUUUUAUGCAAAUGAUUUGAUAGUGGUCCGUGUGUUCCUUUAAAUGCUUUAGUCGAAUGCGUUUCUUCUUCCAGUCUGGUGUAUCAGCGAACGCUGGCCAUGAAUCUAGCGUGUCAUUGGAAGCAAUGUCUGGAUAAGUUGUAUGCCAGGCUACUUGUUUUUUUGUUGUUUUUUUUACAAUCAAACAUGUACAUGGCCGUGCCUUCACAGCUAUCUUACAGAUGUACAGAGCAUUGUGAAAUUGUGCAAAUUCAUGCUGGUAGUGGUUGAAAAUGUUUCCUUUUAAGAGGUUAUAAAGUACAAUCAAAGGCAAACCAGCCGCCCGCAGGCAUCUGAUGAGUUAUAAUGUCCAAACUAUUUAAUUUGUACACUUUGAAUUAUGUAGCACCUUUUAAUUCUGAGGUAAUUUGCCAUUAUCUAACAGUAUGCGGUUUUGUUGGGCGAACAACUUGCACAAUUUCCCAUCUGUGUUCUUUGGAUGUCAUUAUGUUGUUUAAAGAUGGAGAUUUUGCAACGGUUGAAGCUUAGCAACCGUGAGCAGAAAACAGGAAAUGCAUGCUGUUUUGAGCGCCGAUGGAUGUGGAAGGAAGGAUUUGGGGAAAUUCUGGUACUCCGUAGCCAUGACAGAACCAAAAACACUCCUACAUGAGCCAUGAGUUAUUGCUUUGAAAAGAUUUGCUUUAGAAAUAACUCUCCCUGAACCUGAUUCCCGGCCCUGAAAGCUCACAUAUAAAGCGUGAUCGAACACCUCGAGGCCCUGAGCGCAGAAGUUCUAAGCAUGAAUGUGUUGUAAAUCUCCCAACAAGUUGUAGAUCUUUUGUAAACUCAGUAUUUAUUUUGGUGGAUUUCAGAUUGAUAUUUUCAUGUAAGGCUUCUCUUUCAGGGAGCUAUGUGUAUUACUUUUUCUGUUGCUAUGUGACAGCUCUAAAAAAUAAUAAUUAAAGACUAUGAGAUGUUAUUAA